AUGUACGCGAGGUAUGUGCCUCCGUCAAAAGGCGCAAAGGUCACAGCGCCCGCUGAGCCUUCAGCCCCAAAGUCAUCACCAGCUCCCAAGUCGGAUGCGAUAGCGUCAAAGCUUGUCGAGGAAUUCAGCUACACGCGCUACGUGCCAGGAGCCAGGGCCGUGACGAAAUCCUCUGCUCCGUCCGUGUCUGCCCCAAAAACAAUACAAUACUUCGACGAGGAGGCCGGUUCCACGCCGAAGCGGAAACGAGAACCGGCAACCGAGGAGCAGCAGGGGUCGGAGAGCAAAAAGAUCAAAAGAGUCAAAGAUGCUAUUGCUCCUCGGGACGGCACUGCAGCGGUUGAUUCCAAACCGAGUGCAAAAAAGAAAAAUCGCAGAAAGCGAAAGCAACGAACCCAGGCUAACGAUUCUUCUGACGAUUCCGACGACGAGCCGAAACACACGACUGCUAUGUCGAGCGUGAAAAUACAAGACAAUGUCGAGGAGCCUGAAUUUCUGCAAGACAAAAACAAGACUACUGAAGAAGCUCCUCCCCUCGAAAAUGUUGAAAAUGUUGAAAACGGAGCCGACUCAAGAGACAGAGACAGUGAUGUGGAGAUGGCGGAGGCGGCUGCCCUCGAGGUGGGGGAACAAACCAAGGAAAAGAAGCCCAAACGGGAGAAGAAGAAGAAGAAGAAACAAGCCAAGGGGGCAACAGAAGAAGAAGACAAAGACGACGAAAAGGAUAUGGCUCGGCACAAGGCAGUUUUAGAGCGCAAGGUAAAGUCCAUAAAACUGGCCACCAAAGUUGCACAAACGAAACACGACGAGUCCGACGAGGAAUCUGCAGAAUUGCACGGUCUAGAGCCGCUACCUCAGCCAGCUCCCGUACCAGAGGACGAGUCCAAGCCAACAUACGACACACUUCCCCUGUGGCUGUCCAACCCCAUACGGGUUGCGCAAGACACAAAGGCGCCAUUCACAGACCUGGGCAUCCUACCACGACCAUCGCGGAUAUUAGCAGACAAGGGCUACAACGAGGCCUUUGCAGUUCAGACUGCGGCCAUCCCUCUACUUCUACCAACAAGUAAACACCGACCAGGAGAUUUGCUAGUGUCAGCAGCCACGGGAUCUGGCAAAACGCUCGCUUACGCACUGCCCAUCGUCCGUGAUAUCAGCAACGGCGUGGUCACAAGGCUACGGGCUCUUGUGGUCCUCCCCACACGAGAACUCGUCAAGCAGGCACAGGACGUCUUUGAGGUAUGUGCCAAGGCCUACGAGGGGGAAGACCGGAAGCGAGUCCGAAUCGGCGUGGCCAUUGGAAGUCAGUCUAUCAAAUCGGAACAAGAGGCCAUUAUCGAACGAGAGUCGCGCUAUGACCCGGAUGCCUACAGUAAAAUACAGGAAGAACAAAGGCAGCAGCGUGCAAAUACUUUUUCCGCCGACGUCGACGAUACGCACGACUUGGAUUCCCCCAACACCGAUGUCCGCCUCGGACCUUGGAAAGGUGAAGUUGUAGACUUCUCUUCCAGGGUAGAUGUCCUGAUUUGCACGCCCGGCCGUCUAGUAGAACACAUUGAGCAGACCCCCGGCUUCAGCCUCGACUACAUCCGCUGGCUCGUCGUCGACGAGGCGGACAAGCUGCUCGCGCAAAGUUUCCAGGGCUGGCUGGACCUGGUACUGGAAAAGUUUCGGGUCAACAAAUUCAGUGCUCGCGACUUUCCCGACAUGGCAUAUUCAGGCGUUCGCAAGGUGAUUCUCAGCGCGACAUUGACCAGAGACCUCAGUCUCUUGAAUCAGUUGGCGCUGCGGAGACCGCGGCUGAUUGUGCUGGAGAAUGACGGCGCCGUGCAGGUAGCGGAGCAUACUCUGCCUGUGGGCUUGCGGGAGUUUGCAGUGCGGGUUCAUGAGGCAAAUCUUAAGCCGCUGUAUCUUUUGGAUCUCUUGAGGCAGUCCCACAUGACGAGCCAUCUUGGAAAUGGAGACUCCUCGUCCACGUUGAAGGCAGAUGAGGAUGCCUCCGACAGCUCUGACACCUCUUCAGACUCGGAUAGUUCGGAUUCGGAUUCAGAUUCGGAUUCGGAUACAACCUCCGACUCGGAUACUUCAGACGAGGAAAGCACAACUCCGGCGUCCAAGACGCAAAUCCCCAUCUCCCUCAUCUUUACCAAGUCCAACGAAUCUGCCCUCCGGCUCUCGCGGCUCCUCACGCUCCUCGACGCCUCACUCACCGGUCAAAUCAGCACCCUGACAUCCACCACGCCCACACACAUUCGUCGCAAGGUACUCCGCGCAUUCACAACUCCCUCAUCCCCGGUGCGUCUCAUUAUCGCCUCCGACUUAGUCGCCCGAGGUAUCGACAUCCCUAAGCUCGGCCAUGUCAUCAACUACGACUUACCCGCCAGUGUAGCUGGCUACGUUCACCGCGUAGGUCGAACGGCUCGCGCAGGACGGUCUGGAUGUGCAUGGACUUUGAUUGGCGAUGACGAAAGCGGUUGGUUCUGGGGUAAAAUUGCGAAGAACCAAGCCAUAAGACGGACACAGAAGGUGGAGAGAACGAGAGUAGAAGAAAUGACUGAGGACAGAGUGCAGGCGUAUGAGGCUGCAUUGGCUAUACUUGGUAAGGAAGCGUUAGAAUUAAGGAGAAGUAAAUAA